AUGAAUUCAACUCCAUCCGUAACAUCUUCAUCAUCAGAGAGGUCAAGUGCAUUACUUUCAAAUUUAACCCAAUCUUCAAUAACUUCAUAUACCUCCGAUUCAAGCGUCAAGUUCACCUCAGAUGAAUUUAGUGAUGAUGAAUUCGACGAUAGUGAAGAAGAAUUCGAUGUAGAUUACUUAUGCCCAGAAUGUUCGCGUCCUAGAACAAACGAUCGAUGGUGUAAUUUCUGCGAAUCUCAAAAAUUUUCAAAGAAUUUUAAUAAUUGGACAAGCGGAAAUUCAUAUUUAGACAAAAUCAUAAGAGAUACUCAACUUCAUGCCACAAAGAAAUAUGAUUAUUUGGUUUGGAUUGAUUAUAGUGAGUUUGAAGAUAUAGAAUAUCUGACUAAAGGUGGAUAUGGUGAAGUUUAUUAUGGAAUUUGGAUUUAUGGACCAAAUAAAGUUCUAAUUUAUGAAGAAGAAAAAUGCAAAUGGAAAAAAGAAGCUAAAACACCAGUGGCUUUGAAAUGUUUACAUAACUCUGAAAAUGUUACCGCAGAUUUUUUGGAUGAAUAUUGGGAAUGUUUGGAAGGUGAUGAGUAUGCAAUUAAUUUACCGCAAAAUAGAGGUAAUACUAGAGGACGUAGGGUUAUUAAGUCGCAUCCUAAAGCUGUUUAUAUAAGUAGAUUGUUACCACAACCACCGAACGAAAAAGAGUAUAGUAGAAAUAACAAAUUUGCUAUAUCAGAGUCAGAAUUUAGUAGAAGAAUAGCAAAAUCUAUAGGCCAACUGCAACAGCUAAAGCUUACUAUCGAUGAAAAGGAUGAAGAUUCUGAGUAUGUGACAAGAGCAUUCGGAGAAACUCUUUCAGUUGAUAAGAAUAUAUCAAAUCCUUCAAAACGGCAAAAAUUACAAAUUCUUUAA